UUUGUGUUUUCGCUGCAUCCCGCAGCUUUAGCUGAACUACGCAUUAGGUUUUUUGCUGCGUGCGUAAAAGAAAAAUUGUGUAUUAUACUGGCACUAAAAAAAAGCGCAUAUUAUUAAUUAAACCUUCAAACAUAGAAAAAGCGGCAGCUGUUACAUUUAGCUAAAAGCACAAACAGUGCAGACGGAACAGGAACUGUAAAAAGUAAAACGCAUAUUCUCACGCAUACACUUACACGACACAGACACAUACGCAGACAUACACGUAAAUACAUAUGUGCAAUACAAGGGCCGCUGUGGCAAAAAGUUUAGUUUAAUCUGCAUAAAUUUAUUUGUACGCCGCAAUAACAACAAACGAGUUAUCUUUAGACGACGUGUUUAGUACAAAAAACAAACUAACAAAAGAAUUUAAACUGCUGUACGAACGUAGCGUACAAUAACAUACACAGAGAAAAACAAAAUGUCUACGACACCAAAAUCGACAGAAGAUUUGCUGGGUGAAUCUUGGAUUGAACUGAGCACAACAGCUGCCAUGGCUGGCAUUAAGAGUCCCGACAGAAUUACACCGCUGCCAUUUAGUAAUGGCGAGGAAUAUUUGCGUUUGUUGCGCGAGGCGCAACGCGAAUCAAAUCAGUCCAGUCGUGUCGUGUCCUUGGCCAGCUCGCGCCGUGAUACGCCGCGAGACAGCCCCAAGAGUCCGCCAAACAGUCCACAAUCGGAGCUGUGCCCGGAUGAUGAGCUGCGAAAUGUGUACAUCAAUUAUUGGACUAAGAAUGGCGAUAAACAAAAUACCGAUAAUGGAGAUUGGCUGCAGAACUGGAAUCGCGGUGCCGAUGAGCAGCCACCAAAAGAUUGGAAAUUUGAGCGCUCCAAUGAUGAUGAGGAUGAGAAGAAGAAGAGCUCGGGUUAUUCCAUACGCUUAAAGCGUCUGGGCGCCAACUCGUUGUUCUCCCGCGAAAUUUUAUACUCAUUGCUGGUCACUAAUGUCCUCUCGCUGCUGCUGGGCGCCGGCUUUGGCUUAUGGCUGAGCAAGCGCGGCAUACUCCUCACCCGUGUGGUCAUUGACUGAAAGACACCAUAAACAAUAAAAAAUUGUAAUCAACAAUAUGCACAUCAAACCAUUAAACCGACAGGCGAAACGAAAAACAGAACAAUGAAACGUUCCAUAUAUUGAGGAAGCAGUGUCAAUAGCCAGCCAAAUGUAUUCCAGCUCACACAACACGAAACAAUUUUAAACCUAUUCAUCAGAUACAUAGGUACACACUUACAUAUAUAAUAGCAUAUAUAAGCAUAACUAUGUAGUAAUUUGUAAGCAACAAGUUAUAACGCCUAGGCAAGGGUUCAACAGAUUUUUCUAUAUACACAUCAAUUUUAUACAGUUUUUUAUAAGAAAAAACACCACCUUCGUAAAUUGAACUAAACUUAGGUUCGCACAUGGAAUACAGAAAAAUGAAACGCGAUUAAAAAUAUCAAGAUUAUUUUCUGUAUUCAUUGUGCGUUCAAAGUUUAGAAAACUAUACAAUCAUCAUUCGCCAAAAAAACACAAAAAAAAACAAUGCAUUCUAAGAACUUUGACUUUACACACAUAUAUAUACGUAUAUAUACACACAUAUAUUCAUCUAGACAUAUUGUAGCUGAAUCAUGUAACAACCAUAAUUUUUUUCGCAUCAGACAUGUUUUAAUUUUCUAGCAUAUAAAAGUGAAAACUAAAAAGUUCGGUAGGCAGGCAGCUACCCCGAAAAAAAAGAAAUACACAUAAACUUACACAAUAGUUUUAAGCUAAGAAUGUAACCGUUUUUAUAUUAAAAAUAUUUUUCAAUAUGUAUUUAAAAACAAA